UCUAGUAGUUAAACUUCUCUAGACCACACACUUCUCCACUUCACAAAGGAGUCACAAGUCAAGGUGUGAAGAGUCGUUGCGGUGAUGAUUGUAUGAUUGUAUCUGCUAUAUAUCAUCCUGCUAGGAAUCCUAGGAGGUUUUUACCACAGCAGUGUUCUCUAAACAGAUCUGAUCACAACAACUCCCAUUGACAUAUGACAUGUUUAACUGCUCCUCAGUUGAGGAACGGAACUUCUUUCAAACUCAAAGAAGAAGUCCAGUCUCUUACAACUAAACUCUAUGGAUGACAUGACUUGGAGGAAUGAGAAUCUUGACAGACAACACCUCUCUCUCAAUCUCUCUCUCUCCCUCUAUUUUUCUCUGUUAGUGCAGCUCUCUCAAUAGGGACACAAGCUUAGGCUUCUUUCACACCGACUAUACCAAUGCACCGAAUGUACUACAAGGGUCCUACCUUACACUACCUUCCACAACCCCGUUCUGUUAGAAUUCGAAGAAACAGGAUGUGGGCGAGUGUACAGACUUUAAAGUUGUAUUACAUGAUAUUUAAAGGAGAGGCUGUAGUAACAGACCAGUUUGAGUAAGGACUGCAGCGUUACAGCUUAGAGAAUUGUUUACAUUUUUAAUUAAAAAACCUGUUCUAGCUAUGCUGUGAAAUGUUAAGGUUAGACUGCAUUGCUGUUUGUUGACACGUGGAAAAAGCUAGUUGACACAUGAGCACAUUAGGUUAGUUGCAUAAGCACAGGUGUGCCACAACCUGCUCGUCAAUCAGGUGUUUGUGCCUCUUGUUUCACGAACAUUUCUCGAACAGCUCUACUGAAUGCAGUAAAAUAUGUAGUAAAAUGUAGUAAAAUAAUUCAGAGAGUACAGAGCAGGCAUGGCCUUAUGUUUGUGUGUUUUUUCCUUAUGUCAACCUCAUGACGAUGGGUGUCGAUGCAAAUUAAGAAAGUUCUAAAAGUCAUUUUUAAAAGAUGGUGCAUUUGACAUGUGCCCAUGUAUAUCAUGUGAAUCUUUGCAGUAACACAGUAGCCUCUUGACUGGUUGGCCACUCCUGGUAUAGAGGGAAUACUGCACGUAAGGGCCCAAAACGUACAUGUCCACACAAGGUGUUUAGACCAACAAACAGUCCCUCUAAAACAUGAGACAUCUCCAGAAAGAAGGGAGACAUCUGUAGGAGAUAACGUUGAGAAUGUAAAACCCAGAGUCUUGUCCUCUUCUAAUAUUUCAUUCAUAACCUCAUCAAUAAAGCUUUGACAGUAGGUUGUUGUAUUUCCCUGUUGAUAACAAACAUGAUCUUAUAUGCACAUCACUUGAACCAGCAACACAUUCAAAGAAAUUUAAAAAUCAAAAUGCCUGUUAUGCUUAGAUAAGUGUCCACAUCAAGUCUUUUUUCAAGUCUCUGUGGGUGGUUCAGUAUUUAGUCACUGUGAAAAAAUGUGCGCAAAAUCACACAAAAGGAAGUGUACGGCGUAUGACCAGCGAAUGUAAACAAAGCCAAUUUUAGCACAUAGCGUUGCUUGAGAGAGAGAGAGAGUGACAGCGACAGUGACAGUGAGAGAGAGAGAGAAAGACAGAGAGAGAGUGACAGAGACAGUGGCAGUGAGAGAGAGAGAGACAGACAGAGAGAGAGUGACAGAGACAUAGAGACAGCGCAGGUGUAAAUGUCAAAUACAAACUGAAUGUUUCAUUUAUUUUUAGAUCAGUUUUGAUUGUUACUUAAGGAACCUGACUUGUUUUAAUCACAGUACUUUGAACAACUUGAAUUGGCUCAGUCACGAUGCACAAUUAUAUUGUUUUGAUUAAUUAUAAUAAUUGCACGUCAUAUAUACUGUAGGAGGGCUAGAAGAAAAAAAAACAAAGAGGAAAGGAGGAGGAAAGAAAUCCAUCUGACUCCCACUGAUGAUAAUUACAUUUCAGGAAUAAAAUAUUAUUAAAAACAAAAUCAAAAUAAUGCCCAUAUGAUUUCUAAGCAUGCAGUGCAUUAUUUAUAAUUUGUUUUUUAGACUGCAGAUGUCUAUUUAGUUUAAGGUUUAUCACCUCAGAUCAUUAUUCCUGGCUGCCAUGUUUGUGAUCUUUUUUUUAACACAGUUUACAGUAGUUCUCGAAAGUGGCUGAGGCAGACGUGGCAGAGGCAGUUGUCUCUUUCUUGGACUUUUGGAAAAAAUGUAUGAAAAUUUGCAUUUCCAUCUGCUGUUUUACUAAUACAGUGUGUACAUAUUAAACACAUAGGCCCUUCAAGGCUCCGACACAGAGACCCAAGAGGAUAAAACUGUACUGGGGGUGGGGGGUGCCCCUAGGGGUCCUUGAUGUUAAUGGUAAGUUAAAUUAAGUUAAAUUUGAUUUUUGCCUGUGUUGUGUUGGGAGCCCAGUGAAGAUUCUUUUCGUGGAGCCCAAAAUCCGUAGCAACAUGUCUGGAAAUCAUACGGAACAGAGCCGAAACCAAAUCAAGGAAGAAACAACUCAGCAUCAAUUAAGUUUAAACAGACGUUGGAUCAAAUUAAGGUUUAUCAGGUCAAGAAUUAUAAACAAUCUCCUCAGAGAUACUGAUACUGUAGUAUCAUCCAAUCAAUGAUAGCAACAAGCAAACAAUCAUCCUGCUUGCGUGUCACAGCACACAUAAACUAAAGGUUGACACACAUUGUCUCUCAUGCCUGUUUGUUAAAAUUAAUUGUAUAAUCAACAUUUUGUAAACACUGAUGGCAGUCCAAAAUCUUCAGCCACACCUAAAGAGUGCUGCCUAUAAAAAGAGGAAAGCUCUGGCUGUAAACCAGCCUGCACCUUGAAUCCCUCUGUACACGAUGAUUCCUGUUAUCAUUCUGCUCAUGCAUUGGAUAGCCACCUCUCCUGGUGGUCUCAGCAAUGCAUAUCCUAUAGGGGAAGCUGAGGAUGUCAUUGAAACCAUCGCCAGAGUGAACGAAGGCCUGUACAACCUGAUCCAAGAAGACAUUCUGCCAAAUAAAAACAGGAAUGCAGCUCCCUGUACAGAGACGGGUUGCCGGUGGCCUAUGACUGGAAAGAACUCCUUUGUGCCUUUCACAAUCUCUGAUGAUUAUAAUGACGAACAGAGGAAAAUGAUCCAAGACAUUCUGCGUGACUUCAAUAGAAAGACCUGUGUUCAGUUUAUUGAGAGGUCAUCACAACGCGAUUACAUACAGAUCUUCUCUGGAUCUGGGUGCUGGUCUUAUGUGGGCCGAAUUGGUGGAAGACAGCUCCUCUCCCUGAGAAAAAAUGGCUGUCUUUACACCAGGGUGAUUCAGCACGAAAUCCUUCAUGGUCUGGGUUUUUACCACGAACACUCCCGCUCAGACAGAGAUGAAUCCGUGACCAUUAACUGGGAGAACAUUAUUGAUGAUAAGGAGAGAAACUUUGACAAAGUGAACACAAUAAACUACAAUAUCUCCUAUGACUACAACUCAGUCAUGCAGUACAGGAACAACGCCUUCUCUAAAAAUGGGCUCCCGACCAUUGUGGCCAACGAUGACCCUAACCGUCAACUGGGAGCUGCCAGUUCCAUGAGUGACAGUGACUACAUUCGUGUAAACUUACUUUAUCAGUGUACAGUUUAGUCCGAAAAAAUAAAUCACAAGCCUACCAUAACGUGUAAAAAAAGUACUCAUAUUAAAACUGUCAUGGAUAUCAAUAAAAAGAAACA